AUGCCGUCGUCGACUCUUGUUCGCGCGAUCUACCGGUGUCUCCUACGCGACGCGCGCGAACUGCAGCGCACGCCGCACGUGAACAUUCGACGGCAGCUUCAGCUCGAGCAAUGGGGAACUGGCGGGUAUGUCGAGCCACUGGUAAAGUACGAGCAGAUGGUACACGGUUCGGACGCAGUGGUGUUCAAGUCGCUCGCGCAGUAUCAGCAGCUGCGGGACGACGGGUUCUUCAUUAGACCGCGUACUGUGGACCUGCGACAGAGCAUUCGGUUGGCGUUUCGAGAGAAUGUGCAUCUUCGGGAUGCUGAGGCUGCAAGUGCAAAAGUGGACGAUGCUAUCAAGGCAUUGAGUGAACUGGCCGACCAGCUGUUUCUCGCACACUGCUCUAGUGUGACAGUCACCGGUGGCGUCCGCAUCGAAGCGACGAGCACGUAUGUGGAGAGUCACAGCAACCCGGCGUCGGACACUUACCGCUUUACGUACCGGAUCACCAUCACCAAUGAAAACGAGAAGUCCUCGGUUCAGAUCUUGGGACGCCAAUAUACGUUUGAGAGCGAAAAGGGUCAGCGGGUUGCGCUGCCGCGGCAUUCGCCAGGAAUCGUGGGGGCCACGCCGUUGCUAGCACCAGGGCAGACGUUCGAGUACGCGAGUGGAGUUGACAUUGACGCCCCGCGAGGAUCCGUGACCGGCUGUCUGCAUGCUUUGCGCACUUUGGAAGACGCUGGAGAGGGCGACGACGGAAAGCCUUUUGACGCGCUGGUCUCAAAGUUUGCUCUACUUGCCUCGCCCAUGCGUAGCGAAAGGUGA